ACUAGCUGAAACAGAACACUAGAUGGCGCAUUGCACAAAGCGCUAAAUUCAACCAAGAUGGCGGAACGCAUGGCGGUUAAUUUGGGCUCCAGGAUAUGGGGUCCAUACAAGGAGCUGUACAAUACCGUCUCCCUCAUCGUCUCCAAGAGAUGCCCAGAUCCCUACCAGGAGCUGGAUGCUCUCAUCAGAAAACACAAGCCAGACUUUGUGGCCCUUCUCAAGAACCCGGCAAAGAAUGCCCAACACCGAGAACAGAUCAAGAAAGCCGAUGUUGAGGGCGUCGUCAUCUCUGGCCAGGCAAGGAGUCGUGUGUUGCCACGGCAACUCAUCGAGGAGGCCCUCCUCAUCAGUGACCUGUUUGAUUUAAACGAGUAUGCUGCCGUUGAACUUCUCCUGGCAGGUGACCAACAGCAGCCUCACUUUCCUGGUCUGCCCCGCGGCCUGGUGGCCGUUCUUCUCUACUACGAUGGUCGCUGCAGCCUGAUCAACGCCCUCCAGCUCCUGAUCCAGUCCCGGCGGGGUCGCACAUGGACCUUUGACCUGGACAAGGAGGUCGUUGACCUUGUGACCUCGUUCACCGAUGACCUCGUCUCCGAAGGGCUGGUCGGUAAGGUGCUCCAGUUUCUGAAGAAGAUGGAUAUCGUCAAGGAGAUGAAUGAUAUGGCCAAGGAGAGAGCUCUGGGAGGUCCGAAGCACAGGCAUGAUAUCCAGGAGUUCAUGCGUGGUGUCCGUAUCUCUCUCGCCGACUGCCUCUACUGCUUCGCCUGUCAGACGCCCUUUGGAAGAAAGGAUACCAUUCUUCUCGCCAAGCAUCUCAUGAGCGGCAUCGAGCUGAACGCCGACGGCACCUUUGACGAGUCCUCCGUAGCUCUUCUCAUGGCCUUCCUGUACAGCAUUGAUACGGGUGUGGUUGAGCAGAGACCAGAAGACAGAGAUGAGAAUGAACAGCACCUGCCAAUCCUGAAGGACAAGCAGUAUCUCCCCAAGAUCCACGACCUCAUGAUCUCUGAGGACGAAGGUCAAUGGAAGGUCAAAGGGGUCAAGGGGGUCAUGCAGCUGGCUUGGGCGUUGACCCUCCGGAAUUCGGCCCAGCUUCCAGAACUAUCAGGAUUCCAGAAUGAGAUAGAAGAUGAUGAGAUCCUAGUAGAUCGAGCCAUGCAGGCAGAUGCUUUCUCCUUCAUCAACAAAUGUGUCAUCGCCAACAAAGUCUUCCAUCAAAAUGAAUUCUACGUACGACGAAUCCAUGGCCUCAUAACAGACUUCAUCUUUCAGAUGCCCCUCAAAGUGAAAGAGAUCCGUAACCGUGGUGAUGAGGCUGGUCGUCUCAUCAUGUCCUACGAGAGGGAAGGUCUAGAAGUCAACUCUAACCUGCCUCGACACUUUGAAGACUUCUUACACCUGUUUGGGUAUCUGUACGAAAAGGACCCUCUUCAGUUGGAGCUGUCCCUUGACUAUUGGAAUCCACCUGAGAGGGGGAGUAGCCCUGGGGGUGGAGGGGGUGCUAGCUACCUCAGCAUGUAUCAUCACAAACAAUCCCAAAGACAAGUGAGCCUCUUCAAGUUUGUCCGCAUGGCCGGGGACCUCCUUCCCCCAUCCCUGUACAUCCCGUACCUACACAUGCUGCAAGGCCUGGCCCACGGACCUCAGAGUGCACACCACUGCUUCAACCUACUCAAGGCCAACGGAAUGGGAGGAGCUGGGGCAAGUAUGGGCAGUGUUUCCUGGGACCACUUCUUCCUCUCCUUAAACCGCUACUACUCGUCCCUCCGGCAGGAGAUCCGCUCCACCUCCCCGUUCCAGGAAGUGGGGCACACCGCCCAGUCAUUCAGGCUUGGGGCUAAGGGGAUCACUCCACAAGAGAUGGAGGGGUUGAACAACGUCCUCAGACUGAUACAAGUUGUUGCUAAAGAGAACGAGGAUGCAAGGCGAGCCAUGGUAGAGAACCAGUCCUGGUUGCCGUCCGUUCUGCUCUUUGGUCUCCUGACGUGUAGCAUCCCUCCACCGCUGAAAGCAGAGUGCCUUCGAACCCUGGCGGUCUUUGCCCAGUCACCAGAGAUUGCAGGGACCCUCUGGCAAUCACUGGAGGUAUCACAGAUCAUACCAACCAUCCACCAAGCCGGUGUUCCUCCUUCCGGGAUCCUCCUCGAGCUGGAAGAAAUUGAAUCCAACAACGAGGAGUUUCCCCUCACCCGUGGGUUCCUGGCCAUGGUCGACACCCUGACGGAGAUACCAGUGCCCCCGAUGUUGGGCGUCGGCUACAGGCCACCAGGUUUCGACCCCUAUCUCAAGUUCCUCAGGGAUUCGGUGUUCCUCAAGUUCCGCUCAAGGGCAUACCGCAACCCAGCUGAAAAGUGGGAAGUUGCAGCUGCUGUGACCAAGAUCCUCUCCAAGCUCCUGGCCGCCCAUGAACCCCACGCAGAGGAGUUCCUGGACCACGUCGUCGAGCUCCAGGGAGGGGGUACGGCCAUCACCAACAAGCCUCCGGGACAUCACCUCCUCAUCCACAUGCUCAAUGACAGCUCCAUGCUGCAGCUGAUCCUAAGCAUCUUGGAUGAGAGCACCCGCCUCCUCUCCCAGUACCACGCCUUCCCCGGCAAGGAGAGCAUGACAGAGUGCGCCCUCUAUUGCCUGACCAUGCUUGACCUCGCCCUGGAGAAGCAGGACAGGUUCAUUGACCUCCUCAGAGGUCAAGGGUCAAGUCAAAUGGUCACUCCGCUGGACCAGCUACUGAUGGGGAUCAACCCCCGCUCUGGACGUGCCGAUCACCUUUGCCACAUUGCCAAAUUUGUCAGUUUCAAUGUGUCUCUUCCGAAGCAUGCCCUGGCGGCGGUCAAGGUCCUCUACAGAAUGGUCAAGUCCUCCAAUGUCCAGCCUGAGAUCGUGAACCUCUUUUCUAUCAAUAAGGAGGAGUCUGGAGGCAUCCUGCAUGGGUUUGUGGAGUGCCUGGAGGUGGAAGAUCUGGAGGUACCCGAGACAGAAGCAUACCAAGAAGACGGAGAAGAUGCUGACGGAGGUGAUGAAUCUUCGAGGCUUCACAGCCAAACCCGUCUGUAUGCCAUGCGCCUACUUCUCUUCUCCCUCUCCCAACCGGGGCCAAACCUCGCCCACUUUCUCUUGGGCUACAACACGAGGAAACCUGUCAACAAGACUGAACUUCAAGACCCAGGUGUCCUAGGUUCCUCCCGCACCUGUCUUCACGCUGUAGUCUCUGUCUUAGAACGUGGAAUCACCUCCCACUCUGGCCCCUCUGCCAUCCACAACACACCCCAGCUGGCCGAGCUUGCCUACGAGCUCGUCUACCGCCUCUGUGCCAACCGGGAGACCAGUGCUCCGACCAUGCGCUACCUCCGCACCACCCAAGACUUCUUCUACAAGCAUCUCAGACAUGCUCCCUUCACCAACAAACAUGGAGAAGACACAGAAGAGCGCAUCCUUCUUAACCAGCAGGCGUGGCUUCUCAAGGCCGUUGCCAUAGAGCUAAGGAUGACAGCUGUCAAUCGACAACGUUCCCAUAGCCAACGUCUGCUCCGCCUCCUCCUCGAGGACACGCCCUCAAUGGCCAACGAUGAUGCUGACGGGUCUCUAGAUGGCGACAGACUGGGUGAGGCUACCUUUGCGGAAGAAACGAGCGCGCUUGGAUCAAGCAUGGCUCAUACCCAGGGUGACGCCGGAGGCGCAGCCCUUCAGAUGCGUCGCCGCAUCUUGCAGCUCCUGGACUCUGUCGACUUCUCCCAGGCCUUCCCCAUCCCUUUGCGUCUGGAGUCCUUCGAGCCCUCCGGCGUGGAGCAGACCAUCCUCAACUGCGAGGAAAAGAAUGAGUACGGCGUGCUGCUCUGCAACCUCAGACUCCUUCAUCACAUCCUCAUGGACCAGCUCAACCGACACGGGGCGUCGGGGUCGGUCGCGGGUCAAAGGUCGCGGGUAGAGAUGGAAAUCAUGGAAAUUCUGAAAACGGCCGUGUCGAGGAACAGCGUCAGACAAGCCCUCGGUGCCAAGCGUCAUGCCUUUGAUGCCUGGCGCCAGGUUCUGGAGGUUCUCCUGACUUCCUUGCCUCAGGAGUCCCUGGCACUGGAGAUACGACAGAAGGUCACUGUGGAUAUCCUUCAAGAACUGCUCCAGAAGGUCAACCAUGAGGACGCGGUCGCCGAGCUGACCUCUCCCGUCGCCGGGGCCUUCCUCCUGCUGGCCAUGACCCUGCGGCAGUGCUCUAUCUCUGACCGCGCCCAGUCGGUAGCCAACCUCAUGUCGUCUCAGUACGUCAAUGUCCUGGACGGUUCUAUGGUCCAGACCUUCAACCCGGAUGCGUCCGUCCUCGGCGGAGGAGGGGGAGGCAGCGGGGGAAGGGGCGGAGGAGGAGGGGUCAAGAUCCCAGUGGUAUCGUUGACGUCUAUCCUGAAAGAGCUUCUCACUUUCAUCCUCUCUACAAGUGGCGUCCAGCAGCGGGUCCGGACCAACCUCUACGGCACCCUGCUCAACUACCUGCAGAUCCCCCAGAAACCACGGGAGAUCCCCACCCUCCAGGGCUCCGCCUCCACUGCCAUGAACUCUGGCAUCCUGGAGGAGCACGACCGUGUCAUGACCGCCAACCUGGCCGUCAUCCAGGAGUUUGGAGAGUCCUUCUGCGAGCUGGUCUGCAGGGACGCUUGCGAUGGUCAUGAACUUGGGCGGACCUUAGCACUGUCUGUCAUCGAUGCCAUCAACUCCAUCGACCGUCGAGGUCACUGGCUUAGUAUCCUCACCUCCAAGGGCUACCUGAGGCACUUUAUCGAGGGACUUGUGCACAUGGACCAAGCCCUGCAGAGCUGUCUACAACCAACCCCGGAACCAAUGAAGGCGCUCUACAUCUAUGAAUCCACUUUGUCCCUCUUGAUGCGAGUAGCGGAGAGUGCAAGCGGCGCCCAAGCACUGCUACAGAUGGGUCUGAUGGAGAGACUAGGCCAGUGCAGGUUCAUUGAUCUUAGGCCGGAACACCACACAAUGAGCCAUCCUAGGCUAGUUGAAGGGAUGGAAGCGAUCGCUGUGGAUGCCUUCCUUCCUGAUGUCAUGAGCCGCUAUCAUCAACUCCUCUUCCCAGUUCUAAGGCUCUGUACAGCAAUUCUCACUUCGCUAGGCAGUCAACACAAAGAAGCAACCAGUCAGGUCCUGCACUUCAUCAUGGCUCACGCCGACACCUUCACGGCGAUCCUUCGAGACCAGCACCAGCGCCCUGAGAAGGCAUCCCUGGAAGAGCUUUCUCUCCUGACGGGGGUUGUCUGUACAGUCAUGGGAGAAGUGGACUAUUUUGACCCCGCCCUGUUGGAGACCACCGGCCCCGCCCACAUCCCCCUCCAGACCCACCUGACCCGGCUCCAUCGGCAGAUCCUAGCCCUGGUGCCCCGGUUCUGCACCCUGGACCAGUGGCUGAAGGAGCUGAAGACCACCAUCGAGGCGUGGCCGAGGGGCGGGGCCGAUGGAGGGAAGAUGGAGGAGAGACACGGGAAGGGCAGGGAUUCGGAUGGGAAAGGGACGAAUGCAAGAUCAGCGUACCUGGAGAUUGUGAGCCAUGUGUUAGGGUACUGUCGCACUGUGGUGGUUCGAUCAGGUAACAAUGCCAAUGACUGUCAGAUCAUUUUCACACCAUCUCUCCAGGAGGCUGUUGCAAGAGACUACCAACGACUAGAAGCGUCAACUGUGGCUUCACUUGAUGUCAGCAAGCCGCCUGGCCUUGGCGUCAUCGUCAGACAUCUCCGUCAGGCUGCCGCAGAAUUUGUGGUCGCCAUGGAAACGCAUCAGCAGUCGGUCCACAAGCUGCAGAAUAUUGCAGAUCUUCCAGCCGAGGAAUUGAAAGAGCUGUCACAUAGCGGGGUUGGUUCUGGGACGACCAAUCUGUCCGCCCAGCACCGUCUUCAAUUGGCAACGCGGAGGCUCACUCAAGACGUCCGUACCAAAGUCCAGGAUCUCUCGCUUCUCUUCUAUUCCAUUGAAUGCGACAUGUUUCUUAUCUGGCGCCAUCUCGAGUACUACUUCUUGCAUUGUCACCCGACGGGAGGUCCCUCUGCACCCUUCUCGCUCUCUUUCGCCCUCCGGCAGGCCCCGAGAAACCUAGGAGAUCUGUCCAGUCCAUCACUAAACGUGUCCCGAGACGACGGUCAAUCCCGCUUCCCGCCGGUCAGCCCUCAAGCCCUCGGUAUCACCCAGGAAGACCUUAAACAGCUCCGUCUGGACGCCACCAAGUGCCUCAAUGAAUCGCUCCUCAAGCGCGUCCAAGAGAUUGAGAGCCGUUUCGCAGCUCAGCGUCGGACGCGGCAUGCUUUUGUGGCGGCGUUGGCACGGCGUAUACGUCGACUCGUCACCUUGGAUGCACCCAGGUGAUCUGCCCACCCUGGAAGCGUAACGGAACUUAAAAUUUAUUAUAGAACACAUUAUCAUUGUGUGGGAAUACCAUGAUGGCCUUAAAUCCAGAACUUAUUUCAAAGGAGGUAACCUACUUGUGGAUCCAUGGAACUUUCUUAGUGUUUCCCAGUAUAGAUUGUAUGAUAGGUAUGUAUAUAUUCUACGUGGAAUCGUGCACUUUGUAUUGCAGGCAUGGUAUUUGUACUUUAAACAGCUGACUUGGAACCAACUUUGAAUGUUUGUAUUGAGAAAGAUGUGGACAACUAUUAAGUAUGAACAAAAAUAUUGUAAUUUCAAGGUGAAAUUGUCAAGGAACACGACUGAAGCAAUGUCCCUAGCCAGUUUUUCUUGCACUUUAAUACACACAUGUGGUGUGUGUCCAGUUACCGUCUUCAAAUAUGGUAACUACAGAUUUGUAGGACGGGUCUGGUCUGGAUGUCAUUAGUCAUCGCAAAUGGACAUCAGAUGAUGAUGGCAUAACUCACUUUGUACUUAAGAUAUGUCUUGAACCUUUUGUAUGUGAAUUACAUUAUGUGUUGUAUCUUGUGAAUGUACGAUAGGGGGAAUAGAAUUGAACAGUAUUUUGAAGCUGUUAUGUUGUAAAGAAAUUAUAUGUCCGGUAGUAGUUUUUGUGGUACAUUUAGAUGAGCGUCCUAUCUGCUCUCAGCCAAACUAAUUAGUGUUAGACAACAAAGAAACUUAAUGUGUAGCAAACUCACUUUGAAAGAGAAUUUGUGUACUAUGUGAAAUCUUGAUGCACAAUUUUUGCACAUGUGAUGUGUCUAUUAAACGUUAAAAUAUACAAUGUUUCUUUAUUAUGUAUCUAGCCUGCUGUGCAUGAGCAAUUAUUUUGAUUGAAUUCCUACCUGUGCUCAAAGAGCUUAUGAAAGAAAGCAGUGAAUCCCGUACAUGUAUGCCAGUAACUCAGCGCAUCGUUUGCACUGUCCAUUUUGUAACGUUUAGUACGACGUGGGGUUCCCACAGUAAUUGAAA